GCGACAAUGAUGCCUAUCAAACCUCGUCUGAUACUGCGGGUUGGAGUAGCGGUGAGAGGGCGCUAGUAGGCAAAAGGGGAAGGAAGCGGCGGGUGGGGCGAAAAGAAGAUGAACUUACACCUUCGUCAAGUCCUCUAGAAUGCUCAGAGGUAAAAUUGAAACGAGUGUCGACGAUGGACUCUGAAGAUGACACAAAGGAUGAUGUGGAUUCUGGGAACGAGUCGAGCGGAGACGAUGUUGACUUUGCUAUGGACGUUGAGACCCACAGUACGAGGGAGCGGCAGACGGACCUCGAGGAGUACCCCUACGAGGUGUUGUCGACGGAGGAAAUCGUUCAGCACAUGGUUGAUUGCAUCAAAGAAGUGAAUACUGUCGUCGAGAUACCAGCAACCACUACGCGCAUCCUACUAAAUCAUUUCAAAUGGGACAAAGAGAAGCUGAUGGAGCGGUUUUACGACGGCGAUCAGGACCAGCUGUUCGCCGAGGCGAGAGUUAUUAACCCGUUCAGGAAACCAGUCAUACAGAGGCCAAAGGUACAAAACACUCAGCCUAGAAGAAUAUCCACCACAGGCACUGAAGAAUGUGAAAUAUGUUUUUCAAUUCUACCGACCGCUAUGAUGACAGGUUUAGAAUGCGGCCACAGAUUUUGUACGCAAUGCUGGUGUGAAUAUUUAACAACUAAAAUUAUGGAAGAAGGCUUAGGUCAAACUAUAGCGUGUGCCGCGCACGGGUGUGACAUCCUGGUGGACGAUCUGACCGUGAUGCGGCUGGUGAGAGACCCGCGCGUCAAGCUCAAAUACCAGCAUAUCAUCACCAAUAGCUUCGUGGAAUGCAACCGGCUGCUGCGCUGGUGUCCGUCGCCGGACUGCAGCAACGCUAUCAAGGUGGCGUACGUAGAACCGGCACCGGUCACGUGCCGCUGCCGGCACACCUUCUGCUUUGCAUGCGGGGAGAACUGGCACGACCCUGUGCGAUGCUCGCUGCUCAAGAAGUGGAUCAAGAAGUGCGACGACGAUUCAGAAACGUCAAAUUGGAUAGCAGCGAACACGAAGGAGUGUCCGAAGUGCAAUGUGACGAUUGAAAAGGACGGCGGGUGCAACCAUAUGGUUUGCAAGAACCAAAACUGCAAGGCGGACUUCUGCUGGGUCUGCCUCGGGCCCUGGGAGCCGCACGGCAGCAGCUGGUAUAAUUGCAACAGAUACGACGAAGACGAGGCGAAAGCGGCGCGCGACGCGCAGGAGCGGUCUCGGGCGGCGCUGCAGCGGUACCUGUUCUAUUGCAACCGCUACAUGAACCACAUGCAGUCGCUGCGCUUCGAGUCCAAGCUCUAUGCUUCCGUCAAGGAGAAGAUGGAGGAGAUGCAGCAGCACAAUAUGAGCUGGAUUGAGGUCCAAUUCCUAAAAAAGGCUGUAGAUAUCCUCUGCCAGUGCCGGCAGACACUGAUGUACACGUACGUGUUCGCUUAUUACCUGCGCAAGAACAACCAGUCAGUGAUAUUCGAGGACAAUCAGCGCGACCUUGAGUCCGCCACAGAGACGCUUUCUGAAUAUCUUGAAAGGGACAUCACUAGUGAGAAUCUUGCUGACAUUAAGCAGAAAGUGCAGGACAAAUACAGAUAUUGCGACAGUCGGCGCAAAGUAUUACUGGAGCACGUGCACGAAGGUUACGAAAAGGACUGCUGGGACUACACAGAGUAAUCCUCUCUCUAUCACUCAGCCGACAUCCAUAUUCACCUCUCACUCACUCUCCAUACGAACUUUCAUAACUCUCUUUACCUAUUAGGUUACCAUUACUUUCAUACGCUUUGUAUGUAUGUAGCUGUAAUUUCUUAGGUAAAGACACUGUCUAUUACGGUUGCUAUAAGAAAAGCUCUGACGUUGGUUAAUGAUUGUUUAAUUUAAUUUUGGCAAAGAUCUUCAUUAGUGAGAUCGUCACGAGUGAAAAACAAUAGUUUACCACAUUUAAUGGAUUAUUACAAUGUACUUCAUACAUUGGUACAGUCAAAAUGAUCUCGGUGUUCAGUGUUCGUAAAUAUUCGUGCACUUUUGAUAAAAAACAAACUUACGGAAACGAAUUUAAGGUGCACUUUAAAUUGUACUCAGACGUUUCAGUUUUAAUUUUUAUCAGCUAUCGUUGAAGUAAUUUUGGUUCUUUGUUGUCAGCUAUCGUUGAAGUAAUUUUGGUUCUUUGUUGAUUAAGAUCAUUUUGAAGCUGACUAUAUGUAUGAAUCUCUAAAGGUUGGUCAUUUUUGUAUCUGUAUAUUGGAGCUCUUAUAGUAAUCAUAUUACAAUCUAAACAAGGUUACGUUUGAAUUGUACGUUGAUUCAAAUUUCGUGCCGCGCGUAAUAUCCAUAUCGGUGUGUUCGGAUACACGCAUCGAACGUUUGAAACUAAAUUACUUAGCAAUUAUUGUGAGAGAAACUUGCGUUGUAAAACGUGAAAGUGAAAAUAACUUUCAUAAAAAUCAAAGAAUUGCCAAUAACAAAAAUAAUUGCAAUAGAACAAAAUCACGGGGCGUGUAUCUGAACGAUACCAAAUCAAGUAAAUAAAUAAAUUAGGAGUUUCUACCACAAUGAAUAGGAACAAAAGUCCAUGACAAUACAAACUGUAUUGAAGAAUAAUAAAUAAUACUUUUAACAAUAAUUAAUUCAGUGAACAUUCGUGGCGGACAUUUUCAGCUUCGCUCGCUUUUAACCUCAUGUGAUCGAAUGAUAUGCAAUUGCCUUGAAAGUAAUUUGUAAUUUAAAAUGUAGCGCCCACGGAUUCAAUAUCUGUGUGCAAAGUAAAAAUGCAGGUUAAGAUCUCAAUUACCCAUGAUUAAUUAAUUUCUCGUCAAUACUCUACGAAACUAAAGAAAAAGAAAAAAAUAUUUUUAUAAACUCCAGCGACAGCAACUUUAUUUCAAACAUUUUAAGUUAUUUAUAGACAGUUCAUGUUGUUUAAAUUUCAUUAUGUUUCUAGAUUAUAGUUCCAUAGCAUAGUCCAAUACAAUAAAUAUGGAAUUUUCACUUUGAUGUGGUUUGAUGACGUCACGUCUCUGUACACUGAGUCAUACUAACUUGAGCAAUAAGUUUCAUAAGUCAGAUCUCCUGUAAUAGAUAUAACCCAUAUUAUUAUUUUUUGACUGUAACAAUUAGACUUUAUAAUUUUAAUCAUUGAUUUUGAUACUUUAUAGCCGGAUUACCACCACAGCAACAAUAGACGCGCAGCGUAUUUGCAGAACUAUGUCAAAUGACACGCAGCAUAGGCUUUGCCCAGACUAGCUCUUCAAGCAUUGCCCGGCAUAACACAACGCGAAAACAGCACGGUGGCAUUAAUAUUCCCGACUCAGUGAUGUAAAAACCACAGUUUCCAUUAGUCUGUCUGACUUUUGACAGUGUUCGCGUUUAAGCUACUAUUCUUACUAAUAAUAUAUCACAUUUUGACAGAUAAUUACUAAAAACUGUAGAAUUAGUAGGAAACGCAGUCAUACUGAAGCUCAAUUUACAUUUCUGCGGAAUGGAAGCGAACCUUUGUAAUAUGAGCCAAAAAGCAGGUCGCGCGUCUUCCGGAGAAUUUCACGCAGUCUCGGGAAUUGUACGUUACAUAAUGACAUAAAAUCAAUUAUGCUAUAUACAAUAUCGGUACCAAUAUUAAUUUCCUUUCAAAAUUUUAAACUAGGAAUUUAUGAGUACCAGAGCAAGGGAUUUCACUCCGGGGUGCUACCCGGAGCAUCCAGACCAGAACCAAUUUAGAAAAGUUCAUUUCCCCAAUUUGUUCUACCGGGAAUCGAACCCGGAAUCUGCGCAUACAGAGCCGCGUAAACACAGUGCAAACUGUUGAAAAAUUUGUGAACUUCACAAACC